CGACCUUUCAGUUACAACACAUGUUUGAGAUAGCGCCAUGCACGGAAAAGCACCAAGCAUAUUCAAAAUUGGGAUCGAUUCAGCGGAAUGUGCAAUGUGAACUGGAAGGCUUGCGAAAGAUGCUGCACAUUCAGGAACAAGCAGCCGCAAGUAUGUCCAAUCCAGCUCCAACGCCGCCCCUUCUGCCCACAGGGCAAUAUGCCAAAGCACUUGAUGUACUGCACAAGCAAGCGAACAUAUCCAUGGAAUAUGAGGAGCCAUGGGAAUGUUGAUUCUGUUGUAGAAACAAGAGUGGGAUUCGACCCCACAUGCAUGUCCCCGUCCAUUUCGUUCGCGAAUGCUAUUCCAAGAGCACGAGUCAGUUGAUCCAGCAGCCGCGAGAUGCGAAGCGAUGUUGCAGCAGGCAGAACGCAGUGCCGACGUCCUACACGAGUCUUUGGAAUCCGAGGCGAAAGAGUUGGUUCACGUUCGAGAGGCCAUGGAAGUCAAGUGGCGGGGCAUUGCCCAUCAACAAGCCGACGAGAUUCGCGACUUGAAGAAAGCAGUGGCCGAGAAGGACAAGGCGAUCGAGUUGCUCCGGAAUGGGCUCCGCCAAGCGCUGCAACUUGCCCUAGUCCACGAAGAGGAUCUCGUGACACGGUCUAAUGCCACCCUACGUCGAAACGAAGAGCUUCAAAAGCUUGCGACGGCUGCCCACGAGACGAACCAGUUGCUCAUGACCCAAGUGCACAUUCUUCGUCGUGCCCUGGAGGACCAGAGAGCAACGGCGUUGGACCAACGCGAAAAGGAAGAACAGUGGAGGGGUAUGGUGGAAGCGCAGAAUCGCCAGCUCCACGACCGAUUGACCCAAGAAAGCCAAGCCAAAGCAGACAUGCAAGCCACGCUCGUGAGUGUUUUGCAACACAACGCCCCCCCGAUGCCCCCAGCACACGAAAACGUCGAUGCAGUUCGAGCCACUCCGAUUUUCGCCCCCAAACUGCAAUUGAACAAACAACCGCCAUCAUCCAUCCCUUCCCAUCCAGCCCUCCAUCCCCAAGCUAGCGCUCAUGGAGGAACCUCCAUCAAGAACCAGUUCACCACCGCAACAGUCCCAUCGUGGAAAUAACUGGCUUAAAUAUGAUACGACGACAGGUCGGACGAGACGCUGCUUGUCCGGCGAGCUUGGUGGUCUAUUGCAGUCUUCAUACGAUCGCCGUCGUCGUGCAGUUGGGUCACGUGGUCGCUACUGCCGUCCAGAUCGUCAUUGUUCCCGUCGGCGGUGAGAUCUUCCUUGCUGUCCACACGAAUGCUAAAGUUGGACGACUCCCCGCUUGACCGUCGGUGGUCGUCGUCCAACAUGGCCAAGUCCGAGUUGACACUUCGCGGCGACACUGAUGACAGCGGCAUGCUUGCUUCGGGGGACGUGAUGCGGUAGCUGAACGACAGACUCCUGCCUGACGACCCAGCGGGGGUGGACAGCCGCAGGUCAAAGUACCCUUUGGCCGAGUCGGAUUGGUACGACCCCGCGGAAUUGUUGUCUCGAAUGUCGUCGACGGCAAAGCUGCGGUUGGCCAUGGCCGUCCGGGUGAAACUGUUGUUGUACUCGACGCCAUUACCGCCAGGGUGGUCGAGGAUAAAGUUCACGGGGCUAGGCAGCAUGUACGACGCGUUGGAAGUCGACGUGGGCGUGGGCUGCGAGUGGUGGAGGAACGAUCGAGGGGAGAGUUUGGACAAGUGCUGUCGUUGGCGAGGCGACAACUGGGGCGGCUGGCGCUGGUUGCGAGGAUGUUGACUCGUCCUGUUGAAGGUCGAGGUCGGCGGGGUGCCAAGGUAGACUUCGUCGUCUCCCCGGCGGGUGCGGUCGUUGCUCUCGGAACCCCGACGAGCCCGUCGCACGUACAGAACGACAAAGAAGGCCACGAGAAACAAGGCGAGGCUUGCACACGCAAUGAUAGCUAUCAACAUGGCCUGAUUGUUGCUUGGAUUGGCCACGGUGGUGUCGAUCUGGACAUGAGUUGGGACGAAGGUAGCUGAGUUGUUCCAGUCGGAGAGGGCGUUGUCAAGACCCGUGACGUCUAGUACAAUCAUGCUAUUAGCUGUGAAAGUGAAAACAAAG